CUUGGCAGUACGGCGACGGAGCCAGUGCGCACGCGCAGUGCGAUCGAUCAUUGGCCCCUCGCGUCGCCGCCGCUAAUUCUAAAGAGUUGUGUCGCGUUACGCCAUUUUGGUGUCUGUGAAAUAUCUUCAACCGAACUGAAGCCGCAAGGAAUGACAAUGGAAGCGCAGACGCCACCCAAAACUCUGGAAAGCGUCAAAAAGGAGACACAGAGCCCCAAACCGAACGAAAAUGGCGAGAACAACAACAAUUUCAGGGGCGGUCGUGGCGGAGGCGGCGGUCGAGGAGGAUCCUCGUCCUUCCGCGGAAACCGCGGCGGUGGAGGAGGAGGAGGAGGACUGAUGGGAGGAGGCCGCGGCGCCAAUGUCAAUGCCGGUAACAACGCUCCCGGAGGAGGAGGAGGAGGAGGACCUCCCGCCGGCGUCGGCAACUUAGGCGGCGUUGGAGGCAACGAAGGUGGUGGUGGUGGAGGAGGAGGUGGAGGUGGAGGCGGAGGAGGAGGAGGAGGGCGAGGUGGCAUGGGCGGCCGAGGAGGUGGCCCUCCACACCAACACCACGACCGCAAUGAACGUGGAGGUUAUAUGGGGCGCGGGCGUGGCGGCCGUGGGCGAGGUGGUUACAUGGGUGGAGGAGGAGGAGGCGGAGAGAUGGGGGAUCAAAGUAGUAGAGGACAAAAUAGGAUUAUGGAACGUUUAAAGCAACUGGCAGGUCCUUUAGUUGACUUGCCACCAAGAGAAGAAACAAUUAGAAAGUUUUCAAUCAUUUGUCGCCUAUGGAUUGGAAAUCUUCCUCUUGAUAUUGGUGAGGAUGAUGUCAAGGAACUUUUCAAGCCGUACGGAGAAUUCGACGAAGUUUACUUUGAUAAAAACAAAGGAUUUGCCUUUAUUAGAAUGGAUUACAAGAGUAAUGCAGAAAAAGCGCGCCAAGAGCUCCAUAUGAAGGAAUACAAAGGAAGGCAACUAAAAAUCCGUUUUUCAUCUCCGGGCACAGCUCUCAAAAUUCGUAACCUCUCAACUUGGGUCACCAAUGAAUUGCUGGAGAAAGCAUUUAGUGUUUUUGGAGAGCUUGAAAAGGCUGUUGUCUUGACUGACGAACGUGGUCGUGCUACUGGGGAAGGCAUUGUAGAAUUCGUCAAGAAACCAGCUGCAAAUUUAGCUCUGAAAAAAUGCAUGGAUGGUUGCUUCUUCAUGGUCUCGUCUCCCCGUCCCGUUAUAGUUGAACAAAUGGCUCUAGUAGAUGACAAUGAAGGCAUGAGCGAGAUAAAUAUCAAUAAACGUAAUCCCGAAUAUGUCAAAGAAAGGCAGCAAGGUCCAAGAUUUGCACAGAUUGGAUCAUUUGAAUAUGAGUAUGGGUUGAAGUGGAAGCACCUGUAUGAACUCUUUGACAAAAAAAGGGAUGCCUUAGAAAGAGAGUUACAAAAUGAAAAAAGAAAAUUAGAAGAGCAAAUAGAAUAUGCAAAAUACGAGCAUGAGACAGAGAUGUUGAGGGAACAGUUGAGGCAGAGAGAAGAAAUGAACCAGAGAACAAAAUCAGAUUUUGAACAGCGUCAGAGAGAAUGGGAGGAGCAGCGUAGAGCAGAAGAGGAGAGACAAAGAAGGCAGGAAGAGGAACUCACACACAAAUUUAGGCAGCAAGAGGAGGAACUUCGUCGACGCCAAGAAGAAAACAGACAAUUCAUGCAAGAGCGUGGAGAUAUGUUAAAAAAUGAAAACAGCCAAGACAGUUUUGGUGGUGGUGCUUACCAAGGAGGUCAAGAUGGCAGCAACUGGAGACGCACAAGUGAUGGUUAUGGAUCACAAGGAGGCAGUAGUUGGCGUGGUGGAGGGGGCGACUCCUGGGGGAGAGGAGGUGGGGGAGGAGGAGGAGGUGGUGGUGGCGGAGGCGGUGGUGGCGGAGGCCGUGGAACUGGAGGUUCCAAUCAGUCUUGGGGUGAUAACUCUUGGGAUAAUCGCCCUGACCCCUGGCAGAGUGAUAAUCGUGUGGGAUAUCAGCGAGGAAAUGACAGUGAACUUCCACCUCCACCGCACGCCAACAAAGCUAGUUCAGCUGUACGUGAAACCGGUAAAGGGGAAGAGAAAAGCAAAGAAGACAACAUCAAGGACCCCAACACGUUCCUGGAAAACUUCAACAACCGCGGCCGUAACUUUGAGCAAGGAGGCAAUGACUACGCUGGCCAAAGAGGCCGUGAAGGUGGCCGCUCCCGCUGGGGGCACAAUGAUCGUGAUGACUACGGCCCAGCCAAGAGAGCUCGCUACUAGAUCUGGAGACAUUUUUUUGUAUCGAUGGAUUAUGAACUUGAGAUGGGUCUUACAUUAGCUAUUUUUGGCACUUGAAGUGGGCAGGCUGGUUACACUUAGGUUGACCUGGAAGGGUGUAAUCUCCCAUGAUUGUCGAACUACAGACCUAUUAUUAAUUGUUUGGCGUUGUAAUUAUUUUAUAGUAGGUUUUGCAAGAUAACCUAAUGUCGUGUGACACUUGUCUUGAGAUUGUAAGAAUAUGAGAAAGAAAGUGGGGGGAUAUAUUUUGAAGUAGAAUUUCCUGAUUUUAUAUAUGCAUAUCUUGAAGGGAAUUUGCAGGGUAGGUUCAAUGUAGCAUCUAAGAGAGAAUGUUAAUUGGGAGAAGUAUUCCAUUCUGGAUUGCAUAUCUCGCAACUCCAGCUUUUGUAGUGUAUUACAUGAUUUUUUUUUAUUUUUUCAGAAGGUACUAGCUAUUUUCUUAAGGUUUUAUUUCAAAGUUUUCUCUAUAGACUUAAGCUGAACUUGACUUGUUCAUCCUUCAUAGUGUGUAUGAAGUCUUAGUCUUCUCUUUAUAAUCAUAAUGAAUGCGUAGUUUAAGGCUAAAAUCUAUAAUCUUGUAUUGAAAGAAAAGAUGAGCAAAUUUGUCUCGGAAAUGUGCUUGCUCAGUCAAGUAUGACUUUUAAGAAUUCCUGAUCUCUUCCUUUUGGAAUUUCACUUUUCUUCUUGCAUUGAUAUCAAGGUAAUAUUUUUUUAGAAUUUGAUUUUAAGAAUUUUUGGGUCAUUGCUCAUUAUUUUUAGCAUCUUGAGCAUAUACCAUAGUAUCUUCUAUUGGAGCGUUGAUAACACUAUAGACAGAUUAAUAGCAAGGUAAUGAAUUUGAAUUCAUAUACUAUUGAUAUCAGUGGGAAGCUUCAUAGUUUCCAGUUCAGAAGUAUUAACAUGUAGUACUUACAUGUUCUCUGUUCAGAAUGAAAUCUGUCUGCUGUGAAAUAGCAUUGAGAUUACUUUUAGCUGUCUUUCUUUUUUUCUUUUUUUUUUUCUUUUUUUAUGUUCUCUUCAUUUUUCAGUACAGUAAGUGCUUUAUCGUAGUGCUAUCCACAAUGUUUUGGAUAGCAUUUAUGUAAAAAAAAAAAUACAAAUAUAAAGUUAUACAUGUAA